AUGUCGCGUGGUGAGCCAGGAUCUCCGCUCGAAUCUAGUGGUGAUACCCCGCCAGCCGAGAACGGGGCAGUGCAAGAGAAUGAAAUGCUUGACGAGGUGGAUAUCAACUCUGAAGAAGUUGAAGCCCAACAGGUGCCUGAGCCCGCCAAUGACAGACCCAGCUCGACUGCCACGCCAGAGCUAACCCAGCCCCUACCGGAGCCAGAAGCUGAAGAACGGCCCCAAGUAGCCAAUGAAACCACACUUUCUUCGCUGGUUUUCAUUGAAGGCACCAUGAAAGCUAUUAAAAAGUCCAAGGAUGCGAAGCGUAUUCCUGUUCUAGAUCAAUCUGUGUCCAAGGUUCUCAACCAGAUUGACGAGAACCGGGGGUCUCUGCCAAACGCUUCGACAUUAUUGGAACCGUUGAGAAUUGUGUGUGCCCAGGGCUCCUCGACAGAACUGCGUGCAGAAUCUCUGGACUGUAUUGGCAAAUUGUUCACAUUUUCAGUGUUGCGCGAGGACGUUGAUCCACAGGGUCCUCCCACCGUCCCGAUUCUUGAGCGAGCCGUUGACAUUGUCUGUGAUACUUUUGAUGGUGAGUCGACUGAUUCAAGAAUAGAGUUGCAGAUCAUCAAGGCUCUUACGGCGGCAGCAGUAAAUGAAGACACACUCAUCCAUGGACCGACGCUGCUUAAAGCUAUUCGUCAGAUUUACAACAUUUUUGUUGUUUCUAGAUCACAACCGAACCAACAUACUGCCCAGGUGAGCCUUACACAAAUGGUCCAAGCCGUGUUCGAGCGGGUUAAGGCCCUCGCAAAGGCGAACGACGUUGAUCCACCCAAGACAGAAGCAACCGAUUCGCAGGGUGCAAGCACCACUGCAUUGACACUUGAGAAGAUGCAAGGUGGUGCGUCUGCGGAAGAGGAACCCACUGGAGUUGCAGAUGCUGAUUUUAUCACUCAAGAUGCUUUUCUUGUGUUCCGAACUCUUUGUAAACUAUCUGAGAAGACCGACGUCGAUCUCAACGAUCUCAAAGGGCAUGGUAUGCGCUCCAAGCUUUUAAGCUUGCAUCUGAUCCAUAUCACUCUCAAAGAACAGAUCUCUGCUUUUGCUUCGAAAACGUUGCUGGUCAAAUUUCGCUCGAGAAACAUUCGAUUUGCCAACGCUAUCAAAGACUAUCUUUGGUCCACUCUUAGCCACAAUGCUGCCUCUAUAUCACCAGCAGUGUUUGAAAUUUCCGCAGAGAUUUUUUCUUUAGUGCUUUCGAAUCUUCGAUCUGAAUUCAAGCAUGAAAUCGAGGUGUUCUUCCGAGAGAUUUAUUUCACAAUUAUGGAGAUGAGAACCGCUACAUUGCAUCAGAAAAUGUACUUUUUGGGCCUCGUUUCAAGAAUCUGCAGUGACCCGAGGUCUCUUGUUGAGUUAUAUUUGAAUUAUGAUUGCGAUCCUAGAGCCAUCAAUAUUUUUGAAAAGCUCAUCGAGAUGGUAGGCAGGAUUGCCACUCUUCCCGUUAGUAUUACACAGACUCAACUGCAGGCUUACCGGCAAGACCGCAAUCGCUCCAUUGCUGUAUACAACUUGAACCUUCCGCCAAGUUUAUCGAUUGACCAUAUUGUAGCCACGCAUGGUAGGAUGGACGCGGCGACCUACCCACUAGAGUUUGCAAUGAAAAUUACGGCUUUAGAGUCUUUGGUUAGUGUUUUGCGGUCGUUCAUGAUAUGGUCUCAACGUGAGUCAGACGAUGAAAGUACUCACUCGCGCACAUCCUCUGCUUCUUCUUUGUCCAAGAAUCAGUCAGAGGACACCCUUCUGGAUAGCUCUGCGACGUCUACCGUUCCUGCAAGAAGCAACGGCCAUUUGCGUCAUCUAUCUGGAGACGAUCCUACUCAGUUUGAAACACUCAAGACAAACAAAAAGGCUCUAGACAGAGCGAUCUCAGAUUUCAACUAUCGUCCUAGCCGUGGAAUUGAGUCGCUGAUUGCUGCAGGCAUCAUCAAGGCCAAAGAGCCCGAGUUGGUAGCCAAGGUGCUAUUAGAAAAUGACGGAUUCGACAAACAACAGAUGGGUGAGUAUAUGGGUAAAGAUGAUCAAUUCAACAGGGCUGUUAUGCAUCAUUUCGUUGAUCAGAUGGAUUUCAAGAACCUGACCUUUUUGGACGCCUUGAGAUUCCUUCUCCAACAGUUCCGUCUUCCCGGCGAAGGCCAAGUUGUUGAUCGAUAUAUGCUUGAGUUUGCUACCAAGUAUACUCAAGCGAAUCCUACCGUCUUCAGCAAUGCAGAUACACCCUACACAUUGGCGUACUCGGUUAUGCUCCUCAACACCGAGCUUCAUAGCCCUCAAGUGCGCCGUGCCCGUAUGUCAGUUCAAGACUUUAUCACCAAUAACCGUGGUAUUAACGAUGGUUUGGACCUUCCUGAUGAUUACUUGACUGAAAUUUACAACGAAAUUCAUGCCAAUGAAAUAAAACUUGUUAGUGAGCAGCAACAAGCCGUAAUUCGGGGUGGAACUGACUCGAGAGAUUCGCGUGAAGCAUAUUUGGUGGCUAGUGAAGUCAUUUCUUCCAAAACGGCCAAACUGUUCAAGAGUAUGACUGCACGAGAACGCAGGUCAGCGUCAAUGUACUACAACGCUUCACACGCCGAGCAUAUUCGCCCCAUGUUCGAGAUGUCUUGGAUGUCCGUUCUUGCUGGCCUUUCUGCCUGUUUCCGUGAGGACAAAGUUAACAUGGUGAAACUUAGUAUGGAGGGUCUCUCGUUAGCUUUGCGAAUUGCGUGCCACUUUGACGUUGACUUGGCCAGAACGUCUUUUGUCAAUUCUUUAGUACAGUUUUCUGGGCUGAGUUUGAGCGAUAUUUCUGCCCUCAAAGUGAAGAAUAUUAUGGCUAUUCAGACACUUCUUCAGGUGGCCCUUACUGAAGGAAAUAUGCUCCAUGAAUCCUGGAAAGACGUCCUGGUUAUGGUUUCUCAGUUUGAGCGAUUGCAGCUGAUUGUUCUGGGAGGCGUAUCUGCUCAAUCUAUUCCUGAUGUUAGCAGCUUGCGUCGUGAGUCGUCAGAUCGGUUCUCCCGUGCUAUUAUGGAUAUGCCGACUGAAGUUGCCGAUACCUUGCGUUCUCGAGAACUUGUGCUUAGUAUUGACAAGAUCUUUACUCAAUCAUCUAAAUUGUCUGCUGAAGCUAUCACCGAGUUUGUCAAAGCACUGGCCGAGGUAGCACUUGAUGAAAUCGAAUCCUCAAAGGAUGCUGCCGAGCCAAGACUUUUCUCGUUACAAAAAAUUGUUGACGUUUGCUAUUACAAUAUGGCACGUAUUCGCCGUGAAUGGUCGCAAAUCUGGGCCCAAAUGGGUCUUCAUUUUAACAAGCUUUGCUGUCACAGCAAUGAAAAGGUGGUUUACUUUGCUCUAGAUUCGCUACGCCAGUUAUCAACAAGGUUCUUGGACCUUGAAGAACUGCCUCAUUUCAAGUUCCAGAAAGACUUUUUGAAUCCGUUUGUUUGGACAAUGGAAAACUCGAAAAGUGAGCAAGCCAAAGGGUUUGUUAUUGACUGCCUGCGUCAAAUGGUUCUUGCUAAAGCCGAUCGAUUGAUUUCAGGCUGGUCUGCUAUAUUCGCCGCACUGAAGGCUGCUGCCGAACAAAACUAUGUAUCAGUUGUUCGUCAAGCGUUCAAAAUGUUGACUAUGAUAGGCGAUGAGCAUAUUUCGGCCGUCAUUACCCAGGACGGUUUGGGCUCAUAUCUCGUUGCGUCUGCGGCUAUGGCAAAACAGUCCGAUGCCAAAGUUGCUAUCAGUGCAGUGGACCGGUUGCGAGCUGCUGAUAAGCUCCUGGCAAUUGUCAAGGACGACGAGGGCCCGUGGAAAGUUCUUUCCCGGAUUCUUGCUGCGUUACACGAUGUGAUUAUGCAAGGUGCUGAUCUCGAAGUUCGUGGCCGGGCCUUGAAUCAUUUGUUUGAUUUAUUAAUGGAGCAUGGUUCUUCAUUCUCAAAGGACGAAUGGGAUCUCGUGGGCAGUGAACAGAUCUUUCCGCUAUUCACGGUGCUGGAGACGCCGAAAUCCCAGAUGGACGAAGACACCACUCUCUGGCUUUCCACGACGCUUGUUCAAGCUUUACGGCAAAUAAUAAAUCUGUUUGGACGUUAUUUUGAUAUGCUGGAGCAUUCUUUGGAUAGCUUUUUCCUGUCACUGCUCAAAACAUGCAUCUGCCAAGAAAAUGAUACUGUUUCCCACAUCGGCGCUUCGUGCCUUGUUGCGCUUGUACAAAACAACGCUGAACGAUUCAGUGAUCGUCACUGGCAGCAGGUCUGUGACAAGAUUGAGUAUCUAUUCCGCAAGACAACGGCUAGCGACCUGAUCGAUGCAUCUCAUUUGGAAGGCCCUCCCAGCCAUGCCAAAGCUCGUAUUUUCCACAAAUCCAUUACUCUGGCUGUGCAGCAGAUUCUCAUGAUUGAAUCCGCCGGUGAUAUUCUGAAAACUCCUAUUGUGAUUGAAAAGAUCCCCAUCCCGGACAAUUUACGGAUUGCCCAUCGACUGAAGGAAUCGUACGAAUUUGCCCGGACAUUCAACCAUAAUCACGACCUUCGAACCAAACUGUUCCAGUUAGGGUACAUGAAGCAGACACCUAAUUUACUCAUGCAGGAGUCAGCGGCUGCUCAGAAUUAUAUCGCGGUGGCCUCUGCUUUAUUCAGGAACAAGGCGAAGCUCGAGGAUGACACUGAAGGCCGCAGUGAGCUUCGUGGAGAGCUAAUGCAUGUGUGUCGGCAAAUUCUUGCUGAUUAUAACGACUUGGUUGCUACGGAUUAUCGCCAUGUCAAGACGAUGACACCCAUAGUCAUCUGCGUACUCAAGGAGGUUUGCUUGUUCGAUAAUGACGAUUUCAGGGCCAAUGUAGACAAACUCUACAGUCUGGUAAUCGAUUUGCUAGACAAAGAAAUGGGCCGGGAUCUCCGGGAGUCUGUGCAAGCCAUUCUGCGCAAAGUCGCAGAUGUACAUUUUGGUAACUAAAAAAUAUGGGAAAAUGGUAUUUUAUAGC